CUGCAGAGUCCAGUAAACAAUUCUCGUCGUGUUCUUUCUUUUUUGCCCCCCCCCCUUUCCCCGUUGCGAUGGCUCAGACGGCACAGGCCAAUGUCUUCGACGCCAACAACCCUCACAUCCAGGUGGAACAUGAUAAAAAGCGUCGACAGUUUGUCAUAAGACUAAACGGGUCGCACGAUCGUGCAGUUCUUCUGUAUGAAUACGUUGGGAAAAAGACAGUGGACUUGCAACACACUGAAGUUCCAGAUGCUUACAGAGGGAGAGGAAUUGCCAAACACCUGGCAAAGGCGGCCAUGGACUUUGUGGUGGAAGAAGAUCUGAAAGCUCACCUGACCUGUUGGUACAUUCAGAAAUACGUCAAAGAGAAUCCUCAACCUCAGUACUUUGAACACAUUUAUCAAUGACCUCACAUGGUGCCAAAAGACGGGGGAGAGAGACUCUCAGGAGAGAAAUAUGGAAAGGAUUUACAUCCAACAAAGGACUUUCCAGGCAUUGUUAGACGGUGCCAGAUGACUUUAAUGCUGAGUCGACUGGUAACAUCUGUCCGCAACCAGGGAGGGGAUUGCCCCCUAAACAGAAGAAAGACAGAAAUCAGUGGACUUGAGCCAACAAACUGGACCAAGUUCAGUCGAGUAUGAGAUGGAAAGCUUCAGGAUGUAAAUUCAACACCUGCAUGUAUUAAAAGAAAUGGGAGCGGCAUUUAUUUUCAUAUUUCUGUCCUUAAGGCUCACAGGUAGCGGGCAUGUCUGUCCAUCUUUUUGUUGGAAUUUGGAUUUUGUUUAUCAUUUUCACCUAUGACGUAUAAAUACAAAUGCCAGUAGUAGUAAGCUUGCUCGUGUAAGACACAAAAGGAGCAAUUCCAGCUAAAGGUGUAUUUUGGCCUGAUGACAAUUUGUCACAUCUUCAGAUAGUUAAUCAAGUUUUUUAUUUUUUAUUUUCUUGAGUUAAAAUUACUUUAGUUGCAAAUCUUGAGAAUAUUCAAGAUUUGAUAUAUGAUUUGAUUGAAUUGAUGUAUUUACCUGAACUUCUUAUGUUAGCCUGUAGUGACCCAGUCAUUCCAGAAAUACUUGCAGAGUCACUGACUUGGAUUCACACUAUUUAAAUUUUGGACUCGAGAAAGACAAUAGAGAUGAAACUUAAGGACUCAAGUCUUUUCCUCCCCAUUCCAUUUCCUGGCACUUCAGUGUAAGAAUGGACUAAUCCUGUGUCUCAACUCAAACCAGCAUUGAAUACUGCACUGCUGUGUUCAGGGCAUUUUUAUUUGCAUUAAGCCACAUCCUUUGUUGAUUCUGGACUUGAAACUGAGCAAACCUUACUGCGUUUCUAUUGUUGGAUUUCCGAAUGAUGGGUAUUGUGUUAUGAAAAUUGGCUUCACGGGAGCCUUUCGCUGUUGACAAUCUGAGAUGUUGAAGGAGAAACCAACCUCAGGAAACUCCGCACACACUACUAGUGAGUAGGUGGCAAACACCUAUUAAUAGCAAGGCAAUAUUUCAUUUCAUUCUAUGUGUUUGUGUGUUUUCUUGAAAGCAAAAUGAUGUAACUUUUGAACAUUUCUCUUUACUAUAUGGGUGAAAAAGUGUAUUCUGUUUUUUGCUUGACACUUUAUUGUCUGAAUAAAGUAA